GGGGAAGCGGAGGCCUUCGGGCGGCCGACCAACCAGACGGCCGAUGAUGUCAUCGGAGGAGGAGACUGACUGUUUCGCCCUCUACGGAGCAACGACGGAGAGCAAGCAACAGCAGCAGCUUCUGAAGAAGCAUAAGCGCACCAGACAGCGCGUGGACGCCGGCGAGCCGCGCAACAGCUACUCGAGCAUACCGAACUUCAGUUCGCGUCCGUCCUUCCUCAACGGCGGUCUCUACAGCGCGAUAUUCAGCGGCGGGUCACCGCAGCAGCAGAUACCCGGUGGAGCCCAGGGUGUCGGCGGAGGCGGAGGCGGUGGAGGCGGUGGAGGCGGUGGAGGACACCUGACGACGGGGCCAGCGAGCCAGCAUUCCGGCCACGCGGCCUUCGGUUUUUUCGGUGCGUCGGGCUUUGGCCCCGCCAAAAUGCUCAACGAAAUACUCGGCCGGCAAGUCAAGCAGGCAAGUGACGCCGGCGGAUCGCCACCGGAGGGCAGCCACGUGAUGACCGGUGCCGGCAUGGACUCGGCCUCGAGCUUGCAGCCGGGUGCCGUUAACUGCGACGACCCAGCCACAGCCGCCGAGCUCACGCAGCACAUGCUCCGCGACAUACUACAGGGGCGGAAACUCGCCGCGUUAUCGGUCCCCGAACAGCCGACGAACAACAACUCGAUACACAGCAACAACAACAACAACAAUAACAACAACAACACGACGACGGAGCUGCUCAAGUCGCAGCAACACCAGCAACAGAACUCCCAACAACAACAGCAACAAACCAACGGUAGUGACGUCAGUGCGCGUGGCAUUAGUGGUGGAGCGGUGCAAAGUGGUGGGGAGGACAGUGCUGACGGCAACAACAUGUUGAGCUCGUCUCACGCCGAACGGGACGUCGUGAUGCCCGGUGACGCGGAGGACAGUGCCGAGGAUGCGGCGUCCGCUGCUAGAGCGAUGGAGGAGGCCUUUGCGGAGGCGGGAAUGGAGCCGGGCGCGAAUUUGGACGGAAGUGAUUGCGAGCAGAGUUUACCGCCGAGUCCGUCAGCGCCGCGUUCGGUAUCGGUAACGGUGAAAGAAGAGCUUCAGGAAUCGGCAGCGGCCGCGGCAGCCGCGGCGGCGGCAGCGGCAGCGGCUGCGGCGAGCGUGAAACGGAGUCCGAGUCACUCGCCGUGUCCGGUGAUCCCGAAGACGGAGGCGAGCUCGCCGUCGACGGAGAUAAAACGCGCGCGAGUCGAGAACAUCGUUAGUACGAUGCGAUGCAGUCCGGCGCUGCAACCACCCACGGUUAACGGAUGCAAGAAGCGAAAGCUCUACCACCCCCAACAGCAGCAGGUGCACCACGUGCUCCACCAGGGGGUAGCCGACGUGAUGUUGGAGGACGAGGAAGACAGCGACGAAGACGAGGACCCGGCCACCAUACGGCAAAAACGUGUCGAAAAGGACGCGCUCAAGUCUCAGCUGAGAACGAUGCAGGAACAGCUUGCCGAGAUGCAACAGAAGUACGUUCAGCUCUGCAGUAGAAUGGAGGCUGAGGCUGGCGAGAGCGGCGAAGCGCCCGCCAGCCCCCAGCAACAACCACAGCCACCCCCGCGGCCCCCGAGGCCGCAUCCACCUCCCUACAACGGGUUGCCCACGCUGCCUCCGGAUCAUCCGCACGCGGCAGCCGCGGCGAUGUACCACAUGGGUCACAAGCUCUACCUCGAACAACAGCACGCGGCGCUGGAACGGAUGAAGCAGCACCAGGAGGCGGCGGCGAGGCAGCAGCAACAGCAGCAGCAGCAGCAACAGCAACAGCAGCAACAACAACAGCAACAACAGCAACACCACCAGCACCACCAACAGCAGCAACAGAACUCACCACAGCCACCGAGUCAGCGAGAACGGGAGCAACAGCAGCAGAACCAGAGCGUCGGCGCAACCCCUGCGACACCUCAACCCCCGAUUCAAACCUCGACGCCGCUCCAACACCACAAGGAAUUCCAAGAGAGACUUUCGGUGUUUAGAGGGGCUGCGGGGGGCUCGGGGAGUCAGAUAACCGGGGCCGAUCUCGAGGGCCUCGCGGACAUACUGAAGACCGAGAUAACGUCCUCCCUGACGAACCUCAUUGACAGUAUCGUCACCAGGUUCGUCCAGCAGCGGAGAUUCGUCGGGAAACAGAGUGAGGCUGCUCAGGCGGCGGCCGAGCAGCUGAACAAGGAUCUGCUCCUGGCCAGUCAGCUACUCGAAAGGAAAUCUCCGAGGACCAAGGUCGUCGACCGGGGAGCCGCGCCGCAGCCACUAGCCGGACCCAACGGGUCCCGUGGGGCGCACAACGGCGGGCCCCCGCCCUCGCAGCAGCCCGGAUUUCCUCAGCUUGGAUCGAUGGGACCACACGGGCCCCACUCCGGACCCACGGAAAACAAUAUAAACCAGAUAAACCAGCUUCCGCCGCUCGUCAGGGGCGGUAGCGCUAUGUUUCAAACCCCGAAACCACCCACGAUAUACGCGAUGGCCUCUAUGCAGGCUCAGCAACAGCAACAGAGGGAACAGCAACAGCGCGAAGCUGCCCAGAGAGAACAAUAUUGCAACAUGAGGGCGGCUGCCGACGAACGGGACAGCAGGGAUGCCGAACAGAAUGAGGCCCUUUCGCUCGUCAUAACGCCGAAAAAGAAACGCCAUAAGUCUAAAUUCCAGGUAACGGACACGAGGAUCACGCCCAGAACGGUAUCCCGGAUCUUGGCGCAGGAGGGCAACGGUCCCCAAGGAGGCAGCGAGAGUCCUCCACCUCCACCACCCCCUAGACCGUACCACGCGCCACCCCCGAUGCUGCCGGUCUCGCUACCGACCAGCGUCGCAAUACCGAAUCCAAGCCUCCACGAGAGCCAAGUGUUCUCGCCCUACUCGCCGUUCUUCAAUCCUCACGGCGGACACCCGGGUCAGGUUCCACCGCCCGGGCCUCAUCACCUACCAGCCAGUCCUCCCGGGGGUGGCGUCGAGCUGAGGGACUCACCACCCCUCCCUCACCCCCCGGCGAUGCUUCAUCCGGCCCUCCUAGCUGCCGCGCAACACGGCAGUCCGGACUACGGCCACCUCAGGAUGGACAGCAACGACCGGGCUAGCGAUUGCAACUCCGGUGACAUUAGCUACGAUGGAAUUCAGCCUACAUCGUCGACGCUGACCCCGAUGCACCUCCGCAAGGCGAAGCUGAUGUUCUUCUGGGUCCGCUACCCGUCAUCGGCAGUCCUGAAGAUGUACUUCCCGGACAUAAAGUUCAACAAGAACAACACGGCGCAGCUGGUCAAGUGGUUCUCCAACUUCAGGGAGUUCUACUACAUUCAAAUGGAAAAGUACGCUAGACAAGCGGUGACGGAGGGUAUCAAAAACGCCGACGACCUCCACGUCGGCGGCGACUCCGAAAUCUAUCGGGUCCUAAACCUCCACUACAACCGCAACAACCACAUUGAGGUAUGGGGUCCUCAGGUGCCAGGAAACUUCAGGUUCGUUGUCGAACAGACGCUGAAGGAAUUCUUCAAGGCGAUCCAGGGUGGCAAGGACUCGGAACAGUCGUGGAAGAAGUCGAUAUACAAAGUGAUUUCGAGGCUCGACGACCCGGUACCGGAGUACUUCAAGAGCCCGAAUUUCCUCGAGCAGCUCGAGUGAGGCGAGGCCCAAAACCCUGGCUGCAGGGCCUGUCGCGUCGGCGUCGAGGGUUGCGGCGAAGCGCCCCAAGGGUGCAGGACUCGCGCCGGCUCCUGAUCCUGAUCCUCGAUCCCCGAUUCCCGAUCCUCGAUCCCGGAAGUGUCCGCAUCGCGCGGACAUUCAAUUCCGAAUCGUAAGUAGACCGGAAUGGAUUACUUUUGGGCCGAGGAUAAAAAAGGAGAGGAGAAAGGAUGCGCCUAAGGUAUCCCUAGUACAUAUCCAAAAUCGGCCAGAC